AUGCUUCCGCGGAGCAAGUCGGAAGCGGGUAGGGGCGGGGUUGCGCUUAGGAGGGGGAGAGCCCGCGCAGGAGCAGUGACGAUAGGGUCGGUGGGCUCUGAGGCGGAACUCGCGCAAGGGGUGGUACGGCGGGCGUCGCAGGGGGAGCUGGCUGCGGAGGAGGGGGGUGAUCAGGUGAACGUGGUCGCACAGAGGGCGCGUGCGACGGGUGCGAAAGAACGGAGGCGACAGCCGAGCGAGGAUAGCGCCAGCAGCACUAGUGGCAGCAGGGGUAGCAGCGGAAGCUCGGUGGGAGAGCACGCCAAUGGAGGCAAUGGUGCUGGGGGAAGUGAUGGGGGGUCCCAAGGUGUCGCCUUCUCAGGUGGAGGCUUUUCCGGUGGAGGUCACCUAGGAGGCAACGGCUGGGGCAGGGGUGGCGAGGAAGGGGGCCCUGCAGCGUUGUAUGCGUCCCUGCUGGCUGUACACCCGCCCCUGAUCUCCAAAUCCGGUCGACAGGUCGUUCGGUGCCAGUGGUGCUCCCAGAUGCUGGCAGUGCCGGCGCAGCUGCAGCCGUCACACAAGGGCAGGCAGAAACUGCGGUGCGGCAAGUGCAUGCGCGUGUCUAAGUAUGCUGUCACUCUGCCGCCGCCCGACAUGCCUGGCCUACCCCUCCUUAUUCCUGUUGAGAGCGCACAAGAAAAGGGUGAUGUGCAGUCCCAGGACGCUCAGCAGCAGCAGCAGCAGCAGCAGCAGCAGGGGCUGGCAGCUCAGCAAUCCCUGCCUCGCAGAGCAUCACAGGGAGCAGCAGGCGAAGCUCAGCCUUCAGCCAAGCACGUCCGCAAGUCCAGUGGUGGUUCUGACUCCAGUACCAGUGGUGUUGCACCUGCUCUCAGAAUGCCUAGUACUGGAGCGGCAGCAGCAGCAGCAGGAGCAGAGGGAGCAGGAGGAGUGAUGGCAGCAGCAGCUGUGGCAGACGAGAAUGGACAGGAGUUGGUCCCGAGGACCGCAUCAGGGAAGCGGUUCCAGCGGCAGGCACGGGACAUGCUGGCAACAAGACGAGUCACCGUGGGUCCGGGCGGCAAGCUGGCCACCGUUCCUUCCUUCCGUGCUGCUCCUCAGAUACAGGGAGGGACAGCAGGAGGAGGGGCGGCAGGAGGAGGGGCGGCAGGAGGAGGGGCGGCAGGAGAUGGUGCUGGUGGAGGGGGAGGGGAGAUGUCGCUGCGGCGAACAUCAACAGAGAGGAAGGGAGCGAAAGGGGUAGAGGGAGGGGGAGCAGUGGUGCUGAUGCCACGGAGCAGGACGAUGAGUAUGGGUGUGGAGGCACAGUACCGGAGAAAGGUGGUUGUGAAUGGGGUGCCUGUGCCGGACCAGAGGGUUCUUGUUGCAGAGCAGAGGAUUGGGAAGAUCGAGCCUGGGAAUUAUUGGUAUGACUGCAGAGCUGGGUUCUGGGGGCCUGUUGGGAGUGCGUCCUUGGGCGUCAUUCCAGCUUUCAUGCGCGAGCUAGGCAAUGCCCCUGUGUCCAUGGAUUGCUCCGGUGGCAAGAGCAAGAUUCUGGUGAAUGGACGAGAGCUGCAUCGAAAGGAUGUCAAAGUUCUGGCAGAGAAGGGUUUCCCUGAGACAUUGGGAGGCAGGUAUACGCUGGAUGCGGAUGGCACUCUGGUCAAUGAGUUUGGACGAGUGGCGGCUAACCUUGGGAGCCUGUAA